AUUGCAACAAACAAAAAAACUUUACUUAGUUACUUAGUUAUCUAUUGAACUUCAUUUGCGACACAAGAUAUUCAUGCUGUACUCAUAAUAUGACAAAACUCAACAAAGAAGUGUCAGAAUUAAUCUGAAGUUUAGUGCUCUCCAAAGUAAAAUUUAUUUUUGCUGCUAGCUCAGAUUACUUCAUUGAAAUUAAAGCAACACAAUUUCUAUUUGUGAAAUAUACUUACUGUAGAAAUUGAAAAUGUAAGUUUACGUAGUCAGUUUGUUUUGGGAUCUCUAUAACUGUAAAAAACUGUCCAUAGUUUAACAGAAGAAUAAUGUAAAAAUGCUACAGUAAAAAGAAAAACAAAAAAACAUAUAAUAUAAAAUGUAUAUUAUAUCUAACAAGAUAUUAUUGUCAUGUACUUUUAUGGCAUUGUUAAAAUUAAGGUGAAAAACAAUAACUGGGCAUUCCCAGAAGUCCCUGCGUGAGCCAUCACAUUUCAUUAUACUGUAUUUUAUGGGAAUAGUUAUGUUUAAUAGUUAUAUUUUUUUAUAUCAGUUAUAUACAUUGGGGUGUUCUAUGUUAUAUUUUAUGUAGUUUAGUUUAUGUUUAUUACAUUAUUUUAAUGUCAUGUGUUACCAGGGCAGACUGGCCAUCGGGAGCAACCAGAGUUUUCCCGGUGGGCCGCUGGGUAAUUUGCGCCAGCUUGUUGAUGCAAGUACCGGCCCAUCCUAUAGGAACUUUGGUUCUGCAUUCAUUCAGAUUGAUGUCAGCUGCUCCUCCUGGCCGUUACACCAUCUGUACAUCACACUGCUACCCACUGCAACACUCAUGAGUCCAGCUGACUCAAAAGAGGGCACAGUCCGCCAAACUGUGCACAUGUUCAAAAAAGCUGAUUUUCUCCCUCAGGCUGCUGAGGAGAGCUGGGACAGACUGCGAGUCACCUGCACUCAGCCGUUCAAUAAGCGCUCACAGUUUGGUCUGUCAUUUCUGCGCAUCCGAACCACAGAAGAUCAGGCUGAAGAGGCAGCAGACAAACAGGAAGCAUUUGCUCCUCAAAAUCUGUGCACACCAGACAAGAUGACAUCCGUGAGAGAGUGGCUCUCCAGCCCAGCUCUUCAAAACAAAUUUUUUGGACGAAUCACAACAGAUGACUCCCCAAAUGAUGACCAAAGGAAGCCUGUGAGCUUGAGUUGGGCCGAGUGCAUGGUGAAAGCUGCCAAGACUAACAGACGCUCCUUAUCAUCAUCCCCGUGCAGUUCAUCUAGUACAACUCCUCAGAGAGACAAUAACAUGAAAACCCCACCAGGCAAGUUAUUAUAUGGCCACCACACAGAGAGAUCAGAGAAACAGAAUGCUUUCUGUGGAUCAUACAAAUGUUGA